AUGCAAGCCACCAUUAUUUCCACGUUGCCCUUGAGUGACCUGAAACCCACUAGCCAAGCCGUAGCGACCAUCAGCAACGUCCAACACCUGGCAUCCUACAACUGGAUCGAAACACCCGAGCCUACCAUCGCCGUUCCCGGGUGUCCCAAGCGCUGGACGCCCCCCUGGCGACCUGGCCAAUAUGAGAUCAAGGUCCCCAAGGACCCCGCGGAGGACAGUCAUUCAGAGAACGCGGCGCGCCAUCCAGCCAGCCCAAUGGAGCCCCUUUUCCGCGCGCUGUACCUCCUACAGCCAGAUCUGGACAUUCGAUGCGUUGACCUUGUGACUGACCGCAGCAACAUCCGCAAGCUAUUUUCGGUCAUCAACCCGAAUCUCGACAAGAGGGCGCUUGCUACCCUUACGAUCCACAUUGAGCGACAGGGCAAGACCGCCCUUCUCUGCUGCGAGGAGGCGUCGACCCGGGAGCGUAUACCUCGCACGCGGUUCCGUGGAUACGGUCAGGAGUUUGAGAAAGCGACCACUACCAGCUGUGUCGCAGGCAGCACCAGUCACUACCGGGUCACGUCCUACGACUUGGGAGGAUUGUCUUGUAUAGUCCGAUACGAGGCUGAUGGCUAUGUGGAGCCGAGAGGAGGCCACGAUCUGUCCGCGACGCUGUCCACGAUGCUGGUCUCGUUGAAUAUCUCCGAUUUUCCAACUCCGAUCCCCAGGCACUCAUCAUUGAGUACCUCGGCCCCCGGAAGAAAAGUGGAGAUGGACAAGGUUCUGCCCCAGAUGUGGGUGUCCCAGACCUCGCUGUUGGUUUGUGGCUCUUACGAUAAGAAGGACUUGUUCAGGGAGUGUUGGCUGAGACACGUUGGACGGGAGCUUAAAGAAUGGGAGAAGAACCAUCAGGUCGAUCUGAAGCGGCUGGCCGCCUUACUGAAGUGGAUUAUCGCCUCGGUGCCCAGAAGUGGCCAGAAGGCGACGCUGGAUUACGAUUCGCGUCGCGAGGAGCUCGUGAUCUCGCGCGCGGAGCGUCCCAAUAUGCUCCCGACUGACCUUUAUGAUAAAUGGGAAGGUCAGAAUCAGGGUGUUGUCAUGCGGGGUUCGUAG